AUCACGUCCUCGACCUCGCCCAGGCUCGUUCUAUCUCCUUCACCAUGACGGAACAUCCAACGCUCUCAUGGGAGGCCAUGCAGGAUGGCUCGGUCUUCUACCGGCGGCACCAGCUCUACUCCAUCCCCGGCAAGCUUCCCGGAGACCUGCAGGACUUCAUCAUAGCAGGGUGUCGAUACGGCGGCCCCAUAGCCCUCAUGCGUGACACGACGAAGCUGGUCGCGCUCGGCCAUGCGGCUCCUGCGUUCUCGAAGGCGCAGAUCCAAGUGUACUCUCCCGCAGGCGAAGGCCUCUUGCUGUUCAGUUGGGAACAGGCGAAGAUCAUCCGGUUCGGCUGGACAGGUGAUGAGCGGCUAGUCGUGCUCAAUGAAGAGGGUGUGUACCGCAUAUACGACCUACAGGGCGAAUACCAGCAAUAUUCUCUCGGAAGCGAUGCCGGGGAGACAGGGAUCAUUGACGCGCGGAUACACGAGACGGGCCUUGUUGCGCUCACAGGCUCGCUAACGUUCCUGGAGGUCAGGGAAUGGACGGGCGGAAAGCCACUCGCACUAGCGAACGCGGGACUGUCUCAGCCACCGCAAUCAUGGACGGUCAUUCCCCCAGACCAGACAAUAUCCCGGCACGUCGAGGUGCUGCUCUCCGUAGACGCGACGAUAUACAGUGUGGACAACCUCGAGAGCCUCGACCAGCGCAUCUCACGCGGACCGUUCACGCACAUGUCCCCAUCGCCAAAUGGCAAGUCGUUGGCGCUGCUAACGUUCUCGGGCCUCCUCUGGGUCGUCUCGACCGACUUCCAGCGCAGCCUCGCAGAAUUCAACACAAGCGGCGUCGUGGGUGCAGAAGGCGACGUGCUCCAAGUAGAAUGGUGCGGGAACGACGCAGUGCUCGUUACCUGGAGCCAUCUGGCGGUCUUGGUCGGACCAUUUGGAGAUACCCUGCAGUACUUCUAUCCUGGCUCAACAUUCACUGUCUCCGAGCCUGACGGCGUCCGCAUCAUCGGACCUGACACUUGCGAUUUCGUGCAAAAAGUGCCCCCGUCUUCCGUGUCCGUCUUUCGUCCGGGCUCGACGUCUCCCUCUGCCAUUCUGUUCGACGCAUGGGAGAACUUCUCACGGCGGUCACCCAAGGCGGACGAGAGUAUCCGCAGUAUCCGUCCAGAGCUUGCGGCUGCGGUCGACGAAUGUAUCGAUGCCGCCGCGAGGGAGUGGGAGCCUUAUUGGCAGAGGCGGCUGCUCAACGCUGCGAAAUUCGGGAGGUCGUUCCUGGACCUGUACGACCCGUCAGACUUCGUGCACGUCGGACAAGCCCUCAAGGUCCUCAACGCUGUACGAUUCUACGAGAUCGGCAUCCCGCUGUCAUACGCCCAGUACACUCAAAUGUCCCCCUCCCACCUUAUCUCACGCCUGCUCUCCCGAAAUUUGCACCUCCUCGCACUCCGUAUCUCCUCAUACCUCUCGCUCGCACCCGAUGCGGUGCUGAAGCACUGGGCGAGCGCGAAGAUUCUGCGCUCGAAGCCUACCGUGUCAGGAUCAGGGAAGAACGCGGAGCUGGAUGGCGAGGACGCGCUGUGCAGAACCAUUGUCGAGAAGUUCGAGAAGCUCGGCGGGGGCGGGGUGAGCUACGCGGACAUUGCGAAGCGCGCGUGGGAGGUGGGCAGGACUGCGCUCGCGACGAGGUUGUUGGACCACGAGACGAAGGCGUCCGAUCAGGUGCCGCUACUGCUCAGCAUGCAAGAGGACAAACUAGCGCUUGCGAAGGCCGUGGAGAGCGGCGACACGGACCUAGUCUACCACGUACUGCUUCACCUACAGAAGCGUCUAUCUCUAGGCUCGUUCUUCCGCCUCAUCGAGGAGGGUGGGCCACGUCUUGCGCUCGCAAGCCGGCUGCUGCAGGUGUACGCACGAGAGCAGAAUCGGGACAUGCUCCGUGAUUUCUACUACUCGGACGACCGGCGCGUGGAGAGCGCAGUGCUCUGCCUCGAAGACGCCGCAAGUAGCUCGGACCCCGCGGCAAAGACAACAUCCGUGAAAGCGGCGCAGAAGUUCUUUUCCGAGGAUAAGGACCGGUCAUUUGAGGCCAAGGUGACGGACGAGUACUCGCGCCUGCUGGCUCAACAGCAACAGUUGGAGAAGGAGGCAGACGGCAAGAUCGCGUUCUUCGGGCUCAGCGUGAACGAGACGAUCCGCACCUGCCUCAUCAACGGCAUGGCGAAACGCGCAGACAAGGUCAAGUCAGACUUCAAGGUUCCCGAUAAACGCUUCUGGUACGUGAAGCUCCACGCGUUGACCGAGAUCCGCGACUUCGAGGGCCUCGAGCUCUUUGCGCGCUCGAAGCGCAGUCCGAUCGGCUACGAGACGUUCGUCAAGCAUCUCGUGGAGAAGGGCCAUCCGAAAGAGGCGGGGACGUUCGUGGCGCGCUGUGACGGGCCUAAACGCGCGGACCUGUACGUUUUGUGCGGCGACUGGCGCGCGGCAGGGAAGGAAUGCAAGGACCGCGGAGACAAGGCGAAACUCGAGCAAUUGAGGAAGUCGUGUCCAAACUCCUUGAUAGCGAGGGAGUUGGAGCAGGUCGCGUCAUCUAUGAAGUAGCCCAUCUAGUGAAUGACCUAGUGCCAAUUAUUGCCGGAUACUCUAUAUACCAUGAUAUUACCC